AUGGAUUUACUAGAUCAGAUAGAGGAUUAUUCAUCAAGUCAAUUUAAAUCAAAUAAAAUAUAUGAGCAAACACAAGUAGACCAUCAGUCAUCACAAUCACCAUCACAAUCACAAUCACAAUCACAAUCACAAUCACAAUCACAAUCACAAUCACAAUCACCAAUACUAUCAGAAUCAGACAAUGAAAAUAAUGCCUUGGGAUUUAAUAUUAAUAUUGAUUCAAUAUCAAAUGAUUUAAAUGAUAAUUUAGAUAUUCCAAAUUUAAAUAUACUUAGUAAGAUUAAAAAUAGAUUACUUGGUGGUCAUCAACAGAAGGAGGAUGAAACAUCAGAUACUCAAGAAAUACCUAAACCAAUUACAACUUUUCAAAAACUACCACAAUUAAAAGUUGAUGAAGACGAAUAUAAGACUCGAAAUACGCGAAUUAAUGAUCAAACACAAAUUAUUCCAAAGUUACCUACUACUAAUAACAAUAAUCAUAAUAAUUUUGAUGUCUCAAAUUCUUCAACUCAGAUUAUAAAGCCAAAAAAGACAUCAGACAAAUUGGAAAGUUUGUUUAUAUCAGGUGAUGAAGAAGAAGAAGUUGGAAUACCACAAAGACUAACCAAAGAAGAAAGAGAUUUAAAGAUACAAAAAUUAAUCGAAGAAAAAAAACGUAAAAGGUUGGAACAAGAAAAAGAAUUAGAAGCUGAUAUUACAAGACAAUCAAUUAGCGAUGAAGAACAUGAGUUAAAUCAAGAGGCCAAUGACAGUGUCGUAUAUUCACAUUUUAAAGAUAAUAUUUCCAAAAAAGAAUUGGAAAAAGCACAAGCGUUUAUUAAUAUACAAAAACGUCAAAUUGAUAUUAAACCUACAUUUACUAAAAAGAAUGAAUUUACAAAGGAGAAAUUUAUUCAAAUGUUUUCAGAGGACGAAGAUGAUGAAAAAGAAAUCAAGCCAGAAGAAGAAGAACAACAAGAAGAAGAAACUGAAAAACCAUUAUCUCCAACUGAUGACUUGGUAAAAUCAAGUCCAAUAACUUCACCCAUUAAAGAAACAAUGGAUUUGUUUAAGAAGCCAAAUAGACAAAUUCAAUCCAAACAUCCGUUAGAUAUGUAUGCAGAAAAAUUGAGAAGAGAAUUAUUGAGCUCACCUAUAAAUGGAAAUGAAGAUAACCAACAACCACGAAAAAAUACAAAAUUAAUAAAUUUAGAUUCAGAAUCAGAUCAAGAAUUAGCUAAUUCAUCACCCAUUAAAUCCAAAUCCAAAACUUCAAUUAUGCAAAAUUCAAAAUUUUCAAACGACGGUCAUGAAUUAGAUAUUAUACCAGAAUUGAGUAAGGAACAAAGAUUAAUAAUAAGACAAAAAUUUAUGAAGAAGAAGCUCGAUAAACAAAAAGGUUCAAGAAAGAAAACUGAUAACUCAAAACUGCAUUUUCUACAAGAUUUAAAAGCCAAAAAUAUAAAUCAAUUGAAAAUGGAAAAGAUAAAUAAUCCAGAUCAUGCAAUUUUGGAAGAGAUUGAAAAAGAUGAUGAAACAAUGACAUCUUUAUUAGAACGUGAAAUUGAAAGGGUAAAGAAUAUUAGAAGAAAAGAAAAAUUACAAGAAAGAGCUAAAUUGGAAUUAAUAGGCAAAGCAUUAACUCAAAAGGAUAAUCAUAAAUCAACAGAAAAUGAUGUAGAACUUUCAGAAGUUCCAGAUAGUGACUAUAAUUCAGAUGAACAAGAAGAAGAAGAGAGUUUAAGUGGUGAUGGGAAUGGUGAAAAUUCAGAGGAAGAAGAAGAAGAAGAAGAAGAAGAGAGGAAUAAUCCAGGUUCCAGAAGUGAUGAUAGUUAUAUGUUUGGAGGAAACAAUACGCAAGAAGAACACGAUGAUAAUCUUAUACAAACAAAUGACAAAAUUAGUUCACAGUUUGAUGAUUUAAGUCCAAUUCCACCUCAAAUUCGAGAACCAACUCAAAUCCAACCAUUUACACAAACACAAGUUGAUAAUACUCAAAUUGACACUUUAGCUCCAACUCAAGUAAUAAAGCCAGUGUAUCAAGAAGAAGAAGAAGAUGAUGAUGAUUUAAUAACUCCAGCUAAUGUCAGACGUGGAAGAAAAAAGAUACAAAGUAAUAGAAUUAAUUUAGAAGAAGAUGAAGAAAAAGAAAUUGAAGAAGAAACCGAAGAAGCUUUGAAAGAAAAAAUCAAGAUGUAUGAGUUGAAAAUACGAAAGAAGGAAUUAGCAAGCCGUAAAAAGAGAAUAGAAAUGGAAAGAAAAGGAAUAAGAAACAUAGUUGAAGGUGAAGCUGAGGAAUCUGACGAUGAAUGGAAAGGUCUUGGUGGUUUAGAUGGUGAAGUAUCCGAUAUUGAGAAUUCAGAUGAUGAGAAGAUGAUUGACAACAAUUGGAAUAUUGAUAUAAAUGAUGAAGCUAUAAAGACAAAAUUUAUGGAAGACUACAAAAUUAAGGAUCAAAAGGAAUUGGAAAAAUUAUUGAAUGAUAUAAAGAAUCAUAAAUUAUUAAAAAAAUCAAAUUAUUCAAGUUUGGAUAUUGAAUUAAGUGAUGUAGAAGAUAAAUUCUUAGAUGCUUAUAGAAAACAAAAAUUAUAUGAACAACAACAAAGAUUAUUAUCAAAUAAAAAGUUACAAAAAUUGACAAAGAAUGAAAAGUGUAAACCAUUUUUUGAAAGUAUACAAGAACAAAACAAUAUAAUCAAAAUUGAUAGUGAUAGUGACAGUGAACAAGAAAAGGAAGAAGAAGCAGAAGAAGAUCCAGAUUCAUUAGAAAAAGAACCAGUUAAGAAGGUUAUACGAAUUGAUGAAUCAUUUGUUCAAAAACAAUUAUCAUUUUUAAAUAGUGUUGAUCAAGAUGAUUAUGACAUUGUACAAAAAUUUUCAAGAUAUCAACAUGGUUUAUCUGAUUCUGAAGAUGAUAAUUUACAACAAUUAAAAACAAAAUCAAUUACAAAUUUGAAUAGAAAUGAUAGUACAAUAGGUGAAGAAAAAGAAAAUACUCCUGCUUCAAGCUUGAAAAGAAAUAUUUCUUCGAUUUCCACUGAUGAAGAUGAAGAUGAUGAAUUUUUACCAAGAAUUAAAAAACCGUCAAUGGUUAACUCAUUUAGAUUAUUUAAAGAACAACAAAAUGUGUUGAUUAAAGAUGGAAAACAAUCUGAAUCAUUUUCUGGUGUUACUAUUAGUAAACAAUAUAAAGUUGUCUCGGGUUCAAAAGCAUCAAUUUCUUCAUUAACAAAUAAACAAAAUAUUCAAAAGAAACAAGUGAAGAGUUUAAAAGAACGUAAAAUUGAAGAACAAUUGAGUAAAUUUAAAAACAGAAGCUCGAUAUUUAAUAAUACAUUUGAAUAA